AUAAUCAAAAUGCGAAUAUUAAUUUGUACAUACAUUCUCUUAAGUAUAUCCGGCGCUUCUCUAGAAAGGUUCAACAUUUUUGACUUCUGGACAAAUUUAUUUCGACCAUUACCUCUGAAUGAAAAUGAGGGAUUCGUUCCCGAUUACAGUCCGAAAGAUGGACAGGAAUAUGAUUUCAUUAUUGUAGGAGCAGGCUCGGCGGGCUGCGUUUUAGCUAAUAGACUGUCAGAAGUUCCACAAUGGAAAGUACUGCUUCUGGAAUCCGGGGGCAAUGAAAACUAUUUCUCCGAUAUACCAAUUUUUGCUCCAUUCCUUUCAAUAACUCCGAUGAAUUGGGGCUAUACAUCUCAACCGGAGCAGAAAGCCUGUCGAGACCUAAGAGGACACGUUUGCUAUCUGCCAAGAGGUAAAGUACUAGGAGGUAGUAGUGUCUUGAACUUUUUAAUUUACCAAAGAGGCCAUCCCGAGGACUACAACGAUUGGGUUCGGAUGGGAAAUAAUGGUUGGAGUUAUAAAGAGGUGCUGCCAUAUUUUAAGAAAUCCGAAAAUAUUAGAAUAGACAAACUUAGGAACUCAACUUAUCACGGUUCGGGAGGAUAUCUUGAUAUCGAUUAUGCACCAUACAAUUCUCCAUUAAAUUAUGCAUUUAAAGAAGCAGGAGAAGAACUUGGUUACGAAUGGAAUGAUCCUAAUGGAGAUAAUGUAAUCGGAUUUUCAAAACCCCAGGCUACUAUGAGGAAUGGAAGACGAUGCAGUUCAUCCAAAGCUUUUUUAGAACCAGUAAGAUUUAGAAGAAAUUUAAAAGUUUCCAAACAUUCAACCGUGAUUCGGAUAAUUAUCGAUCCCUCAACGAAUGUUGCUAAAGGGGUUGAGUUCAUAAAAAACAAUAAAAGGAGAAAAGUUUACGCUCGUCGUGAAGUGAUAUUAUCAGCUGGAUCUAUUGGAUCUGCUCAACUUCUUAUGCUGUCUGGAGUGGGUCCGGAAGAUCACCUGCGAGAGUUGGGCAUCAAUAAUCUAGUCAAUCUACCCGUCGGUUACAAUUUGCAAGAUCACGUCACGUUUUCAGGAAAUGCAUUCAUUUUAAAUACAAGCGGACUUUGUGUAAAUGAUAUAUUAGCGGCAUCACCAGCAUCCGCAGUAGCCUACAUGACGGGACAAGGGCCUCUGACCAUCCCGGGUGGUGCGGCCGGCCUGGCCUUCACACAAACGAAAUACGCGCUAGAUCUAGCUAAGGGCCGGCCGGAUAUUGAACUGGUGAUGGGCGCAGGAUCUCUCGCUGGCGACCUACUUGGAAUUAUACGAUCUAUGCUUGGUGUCACGGAUAACUGGUACAGAGAGGUUUACGGUUCAUUACCGCUUGAGGAUAGGCAGCGUUCGUUCGCACUCAACCCCAUUCUGAUCCGCCCCCGCAGUGUGGGGCGAGUCACGCUACGCUCCGCUAACUUCAGCGAUCAACCGAAAAUACGUCCCAACUACUUUGAACAUCCAGAUGACUUGCAAGCUAUAAAGGAAGGAGUGAGAUUUGCUCAACGAGUCAUAAACACAAAGGCGUUUCAGCGAUACGGCACGAAGUUGCACAAUACACCGUUCCCGAAUUGUGAAGGCUUCCUUUUCAACUCAGAAGCGUAUUGGGAAUGCGCUAUCAUGCAGACAUCGAUAACUUUGGAUCAUCAGGUUGGUACAUGCAAAAUGGGGCCAGCAGGUGACCACACAGCAGUGGUCUCCCCGCGGUUACUAGUCCACGGCAUUCAAAGAUUGCGGGUUGCAGACGCUUCCAUUAUGCCGAGGAUACCGGCGUCACACACACACGCGCCUGUGGUUAUGAUUGCCGAGAAAGCCUCAGACCUCAUAAAAGAAGACUGGGCGAUUCUUUAACUUUCAAAAAGACUUAAAGGAAUUGU